UGAAAAUCUUAUGAAGUAGAUAUAUUCUGGUUCCAUUUCAUUCCAUUCAUCAUCACUAAACUAGUUGACAUUAUCAUUUUCAAUGUCUUCAACAUUCUAAGUCUUAGGAUAAGUUGUUAGAACACAACAAAGAAAAAAACUCUUGAACUUCUUCCACUUGUUUUUCUCUUUCUAUUUUCUCUCUCUUCACUUCUUCAUAGUACAUUGAAACUUAGAUGCUACAUUGAUUAGAUCCAAGCUUUUGAACAAACCCAUUACUCAUUCUAACCCAGAAAAAGGGUCAUGGGUGGUAGUAGUAUUACAGAUUCAUGGUGUUUUUGUAAAGGUGUAAGUAAAACUGAGAGAAUGAAAGGUGCUAUUUUUUCAGGUAAAAACCAAGCUAUGGCUACUAUUACUACUAACACCAAUGUUGGUAAUGGUGUCUCUGGAACUGGAUUUCUUAUCCAUAGGAAUCUUCUCUUGACGACUCAUGCUAAUCUUCCAUCUGCUGUUGCUGCUGGUAGCUCUGAGAUCCGGUUGCAUAAUGGUGUUGCUGCUACUCUUGUUCCUCAGAGGUUUUUCAUUACAAGUUCUGUAUUAGAUCUUACAAUUGUGGGUUUAGACGAUGCGGAUGGAGAGUCAAACACGCAGGGACAAAACCUUCACCACUUGAAGACCUGUUGUAAAACCAAUCUGGAUCUAGGAAGUGUAGUGUACCUUCUAGGCUACACAGAGAAACAAGAGCUCACUGUUGGUGAAGGGAAGGUCGUCAUAGCGACCGACAAUCUCAUCAAACUGUCAACUGAUGGGGUUAUAUGGAGCCCAGGUUCUGCAGGAUUUGAUGUGUAUGGCAAUCUAGCUUUUAUGAUAUGUGAUCCAAUGAAAUUAUCCACAUCACCGAACACGCCUUCAACUUCUUCAUCCUCUACCUCAUCUUGGAAGAAGGAUCUCCCAAUGCAAUUUGGCAUGCCAAUUCCUGUUAUAUGUGAUUGGUUAAACCAGCAUUGGGAGGGCAACCUUGAUGACCUUAACAAACCGAAAUUACCACUCAUGCGGUUGAUGUCUACUGGUCCUAGGAGCGAACAUUCAUGUGCUUCCUUCACUUUGCGGCAAGUUUUCAAGUCGACAGAUGCUGAUAAUGAGGGAACCUCAUCUUCUUCAAAUAACAAUGUCGUAAAAACAAGGAGUCAUGGACAAAGUUCUAAUGCCGUUGCCAACACUGCUGAAGAUGAAAGUUUGAUUACUAACCCUAACGCUGCGCAUAUGCAAGGAAUUCCCACUCCAGAAAUAUAUGAAUCACCAAGAGUUACUUCUGUGCCACUCAGAACGAAAGAAAAUACACAAAUACAACUUUUGGACAUCAAUUUUCCUCCAAGGAUCACCAAACCUGCAGUUUUUUCACAGCCAUCGAAGGAACCACAUCCAAAAUCCGCUGAACCUCUGCAUGAAAGCCAGCCAAAAGGAGAACAAAACCAGGACAGAAUGCCAGCAAAAGCUCCUAUUGCAGAAGUUUCAUCAACAGGUUCUGUUAACGGAGCUCUAAGUGAGGUUCAAUCUAGUUCGUCUCCAGUGGAAGCAUCCCAAAUGCACGAUGGAUAUAGUAGUGAAGGAGAGACUAUGUACUCGGCGGAAACCGCAGAGAGCCGCAACUAUACAAGUCCAAGAGAGUCGAAGUUUCAACAAGUGGGAAGAAGUCAGAGUUGUGUUAGUCACAAUAGAUGGGGUGCUGCAAAGAGGAGUCAAGUCGCCCGUGGGAUGCUAGUAGAAAACCAAAGGAGUUUCAUGAAUGUCAAGAAGAUGUAUUCACAAGGAGCAACUUCUCAGAGAAGCAAUGAGUAUUUCAGCCCAACCGUGUCGUCAAUCAUGAAACGUAAUGGCUCGGAGCAACCGACAAGAUCCAGGCAAACUGCUUUUCAUUCUCCCUCACCCAGAUGGAAUUUUUGAUUGAUACUUUAUAAUAUGAAAUUUAUAUUUAUUUUCCACUCCAUAGUUAUAAAACUGAAAUGAAAAAAGAAGAGUAAGUAUAGUGUCUUUAUAUGUUUAUUUUUUAUUUUUAUGGAACAUAUAUGCAUAGACCAGUAGUGGUGAAUAAGAAAUUUAAGUAAAAAUGUAGAUUUCUUUUAAAUGACUGACGCUAAUUCCAUCUGAAGAUCAUUGUUGUCUCUAAAAAUCAAUUUACAACUUCCCAUGUACAAUAAAUACAACAAAUGUUGAUUGA